GUGUUGGGUAUCAUCGCGUUCCAGCUUGCUGUUGAAGUCUAAGGUUGCACAUUCGAAAUCAACAACUCAACAUCAACAUUUGCCAACUCAUCCCUAAGCAAACAAAAUAAAUAUCAGCCUCGUCUCUAAUCGCAUACUUAGUAUUGCGCUGAGCCAUCGCAGAUUAGUUAUUAACAUCAAAUUCAAAUUCUCAAAUUCUUAUCUUUCAUACUCAUCAUGUCGAGAACUCAUACAAAUAAUACCUCUGCCGACGGCAGACAGUACUUUUUGAUCACAAAUGUCACAACGACCAGUAACGCAAACACUGAAUUUGAUCUUCAGGCUGAACCAUGGAGGUUGCCGUAUAGUAUCAACGACUCUGAUUUGACUUUCGAUGGAAAACCAUUGAACAUGCUAUAUGAAGAAAACCGAUGUAUGGCAGAAGAACAUGUGACUCAAAACUCACAUGACUGUAAAUCACAUGACGUAUGUUUCCUCCUCACUUGAUGUUUCUGGUGUGCCUUGCACACGUAGACUGACCAAAGACUAUAUAGAACUCUAAAGGACGUGGAAGAAGUCGCCAGAGAAAGUAAGAGGUUGUUGUGUUGGCACCCACAAGCCUAACUUUCAAUGAAAGGUUGUGGUGUGGAUGUCUCUCUUUACAAAUACCUACAACAAUUCUUUUCUCGAAAUGGAAAACGACCUACGCGAUAAGACUUCCAACGAUACUUUUUCAAGUAUUGAGUUCUUUAUUGAGUGUAAAUCUCUUGGAGUGCAUAUAGUAUGCAGCUCUUCGAGUACUGCUCCGUUCCCUGGGGAUUCCGAUCCUAGCAUCGCAGUUUAGGACGGAAGUGCAUGAGAGCUUUCGAUAUUCGUGUAACAGUCAUGAAUAUUCUUGUCAGCAGGGUUGGACUGUUGGACUUGUACCAAGAACGAUUGAUACGCGUGUAGAAUUUACGGCUCACCAUUGGUGUGGGACUUGGGAUGGAAAAGUUCGGCCAGACAUCCAUCAGCGACUCGGAUUCCAAUUCAACGAUUAAGCAUCAACAGAAGAUAUAAGAGUAGAAAAAAUUCGUUACCUU